AUGAUUGGAGUGCAGGGAGAGUCGGGUCAAUACAAACACUAUGACGUCCACUCUUUGUAUGGUCUAUCGAUGGCUAUUCCCACACAAAAGUUAUAUAACAAUAGAAAGAGAGGUUAUGUAUUAUCGCGAUCAACAUUUGUAUCGUCGGGACAAUACACGGGUCAUUGGUUGGGAGACAACCGAAGCAAAUGGUCUCAUAUGAAGGACUCAGUUAUAGGAAUGUUGGAAUUCAAUCUCUUUGGCAUUCCUUAUGUUGGGGCAGAUAUUUGUGGUUUCAAUGAUAAGACUACACCAGCUCUUUGUCGUCGUUGGCAACAAUUGGGAGCAUUUUAUCCGUUCAGUCGAAACCAUCACAACGGAUGGGGCGGUGAUGUUCAGGACCCGGCCAUUUGGGCAGACAUUGGACACCCGGAAGUGACUGAAGCGGCUAAACAAUCACUUCGUGUCAGAUAUCAAUUACUUCCCUAUUUAUAUACCCUUUUCUUCAAAGCCCACGUAUUGGGCAAUACUGUUGUCAGACCUCUGUUUCACGAAUACCCGACUGAUCCGCAAACCUAUGGUAUAGACGAGCAGUUUAUGUGGGGAUCAGUUGUACUCUUUUCGCCAUUUCUUUAUGAAAAUCAGACAGAAGUGAAUGCAUACCUUCCCGACGAUGUCUGGUAUGAGCCGAGCGUUGAGUUUGUGAAACUGGUGCCAAAGACAGGUCACGUCAAACUGCAGGACACGUGGCCUUUCCCUCCCAUCCAUAUGAGAGGCGGUCAUAUUAUACCCAUUGCUUAUACGCAAGCAAUCAAUACACAACAGUUAAGAGAUAAACCCAUUAGUAUUGAAGUCUAUCCGAAGAAUAAGAGUGCGAAGGGAGACAUGUAUUGGGACGACGGCGACUCUCUCAACACUAUUGAGACAAAUCACUAUAAUUUCUAUGAAUUUGAAUUGUUGUCCAACUGUUCCCUUCAUAUUGUGGUCAACACCAAAGGCUAUACUUCAGAGAAACCGCACAUAAUUGAAAAGAUUGCGAUCGCAAACACAUUGGACUCAAAGCUUAGCGCUUCUAUCGAUGGAAAACCCAUUGAAAAUAUUGUUUCAAAAGACGACUCAACAAUAUUUCACUUGAAGAGAUGCUCGAAAUGUCUUCAAAUGUAUUAUUGCGGCAGAAAUUGUCAGACAAUCGACUGGUCUUUCCAUAAGAAUGAAUGCAAAGCCUUCAGAGGAAAGACAAUCAAAGAGUUGGACUCUAUAUGUCUGCCAUUACUUCGACUCUAUCUUCGGAUCAAAAAUGACAAAACAUUUGCGACCGAAAGACACACUUUGUUUGACGGAUCAGAUGUUUGUCUCAAUGAUUUGAAAACCAAAGUCAAUGUUAAUAGUAUUUCAGUGGAAAUGAUGGCAUUGUUUGCGAUAAUAUGCAAACAAUUUCAAGUAUUUGGCUUCAGUUUUGAUGCCAAAGAACUUCUUCAAUGGUAUGGAUUGAUGAGUAAAACUCUUUUUUCUGAUCCCAUGUCUGAAGCACUGUAUCUGCAAGUGUUGCCAAUCAGUCAUUCCUGUCUCCCAAACAUGGCAUUUGUCCGCAAAGAUGACUCGUUGGAAAUCCGUGUCAUUAAGUCCGUAGCCAUCGGCGAAGAGUUGACAAUGUCUUGGAUUGGACUCCAUAUGAAUCGCAACCAAAGGCGCCAAGAAUUGAACGUUUCUUUGACUGUCUGUCAGUGCCGUAAAUGUAGACUACAUUUGGAUAAAGACAUCGAUUAUGAAGACUUCAAUCAACUAUUGGAUGAACAGAAGUAUUAUUGGAUGCGAACCAAGUUUGCGAUUCUUCGGCACCAAUACAUUGAAUAUCAAAUGGACUCCAAUUUCAUGUUAUAUUUGGAUGCAAUCUUUGGUUCAAACGUAUUGAACGGCACGUAUUGGUCACCCAUGGAUCAGACCAUCCCUGCGUUUGUAUUGAGUUCGAUAUGUUAUUCGGAAAAUAUCGGCUAUAAAGUGGACACGACUUCAAUCAAAGCAAAUGAUUUUGGUUUUGAAGCCUCACUUAAACUCAAAGAUACGGCAAAACACAACAUAUUUGAAAAGUCCAAAGACUCGGAAAGACUGAAACUUUUGGUCACUUAUUAUACGGAAAAUAUCCUGAGAUUCAAGAUUUCGGACGCUUUCCACACGAGAGAUGAAUCGUCCCUUCAGUCAGACUUUCCGUUAUUACGAAAACCAUUGAAGAAAAUUGACGAAAAGCUCAGGAAAUAUAGAUUUAAUUUAAAUAACGAUAAUUUUAAUAUCGAAAGGAAAAAUACCUCAACUAAACUAUUUGACACAUCGAUCGGUGGUUUGAAAUUUGACGAUCAAUUCAGUCAAAUAUCAAGUUAUUUGCCGUCAAAUAAUGUGUAUGGUUUGGGGGGUAAAACUCACUCGUCUCUCAGACAUGACUUAAAUAACAAGACGUGGGCCACCUAUGGUCAGCACCCCUUCUAUACUGUACUCGAAAACAAUGGCAAUUCUCACGGAGUUUUGUUACUUAAUAACAAUCCUAAGGAAUACACACUAAUGCCGGCGCCGGCGGUGUCUGUGAAGACAAUCGGAGGAAUAUUGGAUUUCUUUGUGUUUAUCGGCGAUAAUCCCGAACAUGUCAUACAGUCAUACACUUCACUGAUUGGUCGCUCCCGUAUUGAGGGAAACGAAAAUUAUCGCAAAUCUAGUGACGGAAAGAAUGGCAAUAUAUUUGUGGAUAUAAUUAACUCGUUUACAUCGACAGUGAGCCGUCUCAUCGAUCCGCUCAACCUUUUUGGCCAUAAAGUGAAUCCCAAAUCGGUUUCCUCUUCUGAUUUACUCAAUAACCUGAAGAACUUGUAUUCAAACGGAAUUCAAUUCGAUUCACUCGCUAUUGAUUCGGACGACUCAACACUGGCUAUUCCCGCACGAAAGGCAUUAACUGAAAUAACGGGUAAAAGAGGUUAUGUAUUAUCGCGAUCAACAUCUGUAUCGUCGGGACAAUACACGGGUCACUGGUUGGCGGACACACAAAGCACAUGGUCUGAGAUGAAGAACUCAGUGAUAGGAAUGUUAGAAUACAAUCUCUUCGGCAUUCCUUAUGUUGGGGCAGAUAUUUGUGGUUUUGAAGGUAAGGCUUCGGCCGAACUCUGUCUUCGUUGGCUAGAAUUGGGAGCAUUUUAUCCGUUGAGUCGAAGCAAUCACAAGAGCUCUACCGGUGAAUCACAAGAUCCGUCCAUUUGGGCCGAUAGGGGACACCCGGAUGUGGCGCUCGCCGCUAACAUAUCGCUUGAAGUCAGACAUCAAUUACUUCCCUAUUUAUAUACCCUGUUCUUCAAAGCCCAUGUAUUGGGCAAUACUGUCGCCAGACCUGUGUUUCACGAAUACCCGACUGAUCCGCAAACCUAUGGUAUAGACGAGCAGUUUAUGUGGGGACCGGUUGUCAUGUUUUCACCGAUUCUUCGCGAAAAUCAAACAGAAGUCAAUACAUACCUUCCCGACGACGUAUGGUAUGCGCCAAACGCUGAGUUCGUGUCAUUGUUUCCACACAAGGGAUACGUCAACCAAACCAAUCCCUUUCCCUUCCCGCCCACUAAUAUGAGAGGCGGGUAUAUAAUACCCAUGGGUUACACCCAACCAAUCAAUUCGCAGGAGACCAGAGAUAAUCCCAUCGCUGUUGAAGUCUAUCCCAAGAAUAAGACUGCGAAGGGAGACAUGUUUUGGGACGACGGCGACUCUCUCAACAAUAUUGAGACAAAACAAUACAAUUUCUAUGAGUUUGAAUUAUUCUCCAACUGUUCCCUUCAUAUUGUGGCCAAAACCAAAGGCUAUACUUCAAAGAAACCGCAUAUCGUCGAAAAGUUUGCGAUCGCAAACACAGUCAACUCAAAUAUAACGGCUUCCGUCAAUGGAAAACCCGUUGCAUUUGUUGAGUCGAGAGACGACUCGACAUUCAUUCACGCGAACCUCGAUUUGAAUGCCGGCAAAGAGGGCCAGACAUGGGUUGUCGACUGGAAAACCGCUGACAACACCUGUAAUUUGAAUUAA